AAGCCUCUAAAGGUGUGUCUUGAAGCAUAGCUCCAGCAAGCAGGUACCUUUUAAGCUAUUCAAGGUCAAUAUGAAUACAGACUCAAAGGAGGUUUUAUCUCUGGAUGUUCAAGUUCCUGAGGUGUGGGAAGAGCUUCUGACAAUGAAAGUGGAGGCAGAAAGUCACCUUCAAAAGCAGGUAUCCAGGUUGAAGCGCAACAAUCCACUGGCAAGGGAAAUCUUCCGAAGGCACUUUCGACAACUCUGCUACCAGGAGACCCCUGGACCAAGGGAGGCUCUUACCCGGCUCCAGGAACUUUGCUAUCAGUGGUUGAGACCACAUGUAAGCACAAAGGAGCAGAUUUUGGAUCUGCUGGUGCUGGAGCAAUUCCUCUCCAUCCUGCCCAAGGAACUCCAGGGCUGGGUGAGGGAACACUGUCCAGAGAGUGGAGAAGAGGCUGUGAUUUUGCUGGAGGAUCUGGAGAGAGAGCUUGAUGAACCACAACAUGAGACGGUAGUCCACAGACACGGACAAGAAGUCGUCUCUAAACAGAUAGUGACUCUAGGGGAGCACACGUCACUGAGCCUUCGGUCCCAGACUUCGGAGUCCCAGCUCACAUGUGACCCUGCUCAGAAGUCCCAUCCUUUUGGAGAAACAGAUGAGAUGACCAAGACUGAAGAAAGAGAAUUGGUACUAAGAAAAGACUAUCCUAAGAUAGUGGAACCACAUGGAAAAAUGUUUCCUGAACAGACCUGGGAGGUAUCACACCAGGAUUCCCCACAUGGAGGAUCCGUGGCAGGUCAGUUAGAGAGGCAGUGGGGAAGCCCCUUAGGAGAGGUGCAACACAAAUGCGAUGAAUGUGGGAAGAGCUUUGUUCAGAGCUCGGGUCUCAUUCGGCAUCAAAGAAUUCACACUGGCGAAAGACCUUAUGAAUGUAACGAGUGUGGGAAAACCUUCAGUCGGAGUUCUGGUCUUUUUAAUCACCGAGGAAUCCACAAUGUACAGAAACGGUACCACUGUAAAGAAUGUGGGAAGGCCUUCAGUCAGAGUGCAGGUCUUAUCCAGCAUCAGCGAAUUCACAAGGGAGAAAAGCCCUAUCAGUGCAGCCAGUGCAAUAAGAGCUACGGUCGGCGUUCAUUUCUCAUUGAGCAUCAGAGAAGCCACACAGGGGAGCGACCUCACCAGUGCAUUGAAUGUGGGAAAAGCUUUAAUCGCCACUGCAACCUCAUCCGCCAUCAGAAGAUCCACACAGUGGCUGAGCCAGUCUAGCCCUUGCUAUGCAAGUUUUCCAGAUCACUGGCCAAGUCGUGUGUGGUAGGGAUAAGACUAGAAAAUGCCUCUUCCUGUCUCCACUAAAUGUGUUUGGAACAAAUACUGACUUAUGGCCCAGGAACUUCCUAAGAGGAAAGUGGGUUUUUGAAGCUGCUGUUUUCCUUUUUGUUCAUUUACCCCUUUCCUGUACUUACUACCCUUGUCCCUCUUAUUUAUUCUCUUUGAGAUAGCUGCUAAACUCUCCUAAUAACGUAAUAGACAGCACUGCUAUAGUCAGCACACCUGAAAGAUCUGGUAUCUGUGUUUACUUCCUAAAGAUAAAAUAGAGUUGCUGGUGUUUUAUAAUAAAUGGGUCUUCAGUGCUCACCAUGA